CUCACGAAUUCAGUAGCAAGCCAUUGGCAACCAUGAAAUACUUGUCAUAUGUUGGAGCUGCUUUGGUUUUUACUGCUGUGCUCGCAUGCACAAGGGUUUUUGCUUCGGGUAGAGCGCUGACAACUCUGCAAAACUUAAAGCACAAGAUAAACAAUAGAAUUGAGGACGAGCCAGUGGCAGUUUGGCACGAACAGUUUAGCGUUCAAUUCAGCGAGACGACAAGCAUAUUCGUUACGAAACAUACCGUAGGCACUUGGUAUUACGAUGCGGUGGCCCAGAAGGAGGCCGUGUAUCGCCAGAAUGGCAACGGCGACCGAUAUUGCGGAAGCAUCCACCCGUUCACGCAGACACCUUGCGUGCACAUUGUCUCUGGCGGGAAGAGGUACCUGGUCUUCCCUCAGCUCGGAGAAUGCUGCAUGUGCUGCACGGCCGAGAAGGGCUGCGGGCUACUCUCCCCAAAUUGGCUGCAAGACGCAAGCUUCGAAGGAAUCUCGGAAAUCCAGGACGUUCCCGCUUACAAGUGGCGCAAGGACGGUUUGCAACCCAACUAUUGGUAUGCGACAGCUGACCCGGAGCAGAUCCCGUUGGAGUUGGACCAGAUGCCCAACGACCUGAUGACCUUCUGGCCGGAUAGCUUUUUGGCGGAGGCCCCCCCUGCAGGGGUGUUUGAGCUGCCCAAUAAUUGCCGACCCAGGCGAGUGCCUCUUGUGUUUUGGGGUGGGGUGUCCCUUCACCAGCGUGUGCACCGUCGCGAGCGAGCAGCAGGAGGAGGAGAAGGAGGAGGAGGAGGCUGCUACCGCUGCCUAGAGCUUGGAAAGGUCGGCGGAGGAGGGAAGGGGUGGUGGGGCCUGGCUGUGUGUUUGGAUCUAACCCUCGGUCCUGUCCGGGUGCGGGUGGCGGAGGGGCAGCUGUGGGCGGCACUUGAGCUGGCGGCGGGUACGCCGGCCAUCUAGGAGUGGUGGGGGAGGAAGGGGAGGAGGAGGGGGAUGAAUCGUUCGUUCAGUCGUUUCGUCCGGUGUCCGGUGCCGAAAACUAGCUGACUGCUCCGGCGGUGGUGGCGUCG